AUGGCGAAACGCAAAGCUCAGUACAAUGACAUCCGCGAUCCGCCCCCGCAACCUAAGAGAAUCAAGUCAUCAGAACCAUUCAUCCAAUGCGGGCACUUUAGGCUCAAUCUCGCCAAUGGACAUUCGCCACCUCUACGACCAGCAAGCCUUUCACGAUUCAGCAAACGCAAACUGUCGCAGUUCUCCCUGACCGAGCCAUCGAACGGACCAUCAACAAAACGAAGAAGGACGACAUCACGGGAUUCAGCAGGCUGUAAUCGCGACUCGAGUCCUACUGAUUCACCCGUGGAAUCAGACAUCGAAACUUCUGAAUAUGAUUCAUCCCCGCGUCCGCCCGAGCCAAUAUCGUCCGGUGUUGAGCAUCCUCCCUCAGAGGGGGGUGAUGCAAUAGACGCAGAAGCGUGGCCUGAUCAAGACGGUGCCUCGGGGGAAGAUUUCCUUCGUGCUCUAGCGUGGCCAGGCAUUGAAGAUGCCUCAGCGGAAGAUUCCUCAGAGGACGGUGCCUCAAGGAAAGAUUUCCCUCGUGCUGAAGCGCGGCUAGGUCUUGAAGAUGCCUCAAGGGAAGAUGCCUUGAGGGAAGAUGCCCCAGGAGUGGUCGCGUGGACAGACCCUGAAGAUUCCUCGGAGGAAGAUUCCUCGGCGGCAGUACCCCCAGUGAUGGAAGCGUGGCCGGAUCGAAUAGAUUCUCCCCCGAGGGAGCCAAAUCCAGUGUGGGCCUUUUAUGACCGGCUCUUCACAAACUCUCAUCGUGCGAUGAUGAUUCGCGAGGAGGAAAGACGCAAUGGCCGAGAGCAGAUCCGACCACGCCGCAGAGCCCAACUACCAAGCCCAGCACCUUCUGAUGGGGGCACAGGCGGAAGCAAUCCUACGUCCACUGGUCCUCCUCCAGCGAGCCAUACGGCACCAGAGCCCCCUGCAUCACCAACAGUGCGUCGUCGUCGCCUCAGCUUGUCACCCGAAGAGACCAAAAGACCCUCGCGUCAAAGCCCAAGAAGACGGCAGCCACGCAGAAAGAGCAGACAGAGUCAAGGCCAACCACAGGAAAAACCCUCUCCAGCCGUCAUUGAAGACUUUUUGCAGUCAAAACGGGCUUCUAGGAGAAAUGUUGAGUUCACACCCGGGGGGGUUCAGCUUCUGAGCGAGAGUCGACUGGACGGCAUACCCGUUAACCUGGCAGGGCCGGGGGCAGCGGGCAGCUUUUUCAGACAAACUGACUACCAGCACAUUGUGACUGAUUCAUCUUCUGGCAUGGUCGUCAAUCUGACAGGGUCGGAGGCAGCGGCGUAG